GGACCUCAAACUCGAACGUCUCGACUUCUGGGACAGCCUCCAUGGCCAGGUCCCGGGAUUGCUGGACUGGGACAUGGGGAACGAGUCCUUUCUGGCCUUCACCACCGCGCACCUUCCCUUAGCGGAGCAGAACCUUGCAAGAUAUAAACUCCGAAUAGUUGACCCACCAAAAUUACCCCUAGAAAAAAAAGCCAACGCUGAUGAAGAUGGUCCAGAAAUUGAGCCCAAUCUGUGGAUGUGGGUAAACCCUAACAUCGUGUUUCCCCCUGGAAAGCUGGAGGUCCCAGAAUCUAGUAAGAGGGAGGAUCUAGCAAGUGGCCUCCCCUCCCUUCAGCCACCUAAGAAGGAGGAAGAUGCCAAUGGCUUAGAGGCCACAGGGGUGGAAUUGCUGCCCCUUUCUUCCAGCGAGCAGUGUCCCCCUCAGAAGCAGUUUGCCUCUCCCCCCAACAAUUUGGAGCUCACAGAAGAGGAGGCUGAGGACCAAGAUGACGGCUCCUCUGUGGCUCUCCCGUCCCCUCACAAAAGGGCCCCCCUCCAGAGUCGGAGGCUUCGGCAAACCAACAGCCAGGCGGGGAUGCUCUGGUCCCGGCCCCCUCUCAAUUACUUCCACCUAAUUGCCCUGGCAUUAAGAAACAGUUCCCCCUGUGGCCUCAACGUACAGCAGAUCUACAGUUUCACUCGACAACACUUCCCCUUUUUCCGGACGGCUCCAGAAGGCUGGAAGAAUACCAUCCGUCACAAUCUCUGCUUCCGAGACAGUUUUGAGAAAGUGCCAGUCAAUUUGCAAGGUGGGGCCAAAACACGGCCUCGCUCCUGCCUCUGGAAGUUGACUGAGGAGGGACACCGCCGCUUCGAGGAGGAGGCCCGAGCCUUGGCCUCCACUCGGCUGGAAAGUAUCCAGCAGUGCAUGAGCCAGCCAGAUGUGAUGCCCUUCCUCUUUGACCUUUAACUCCAAGAAGCAACAGUUAGCCUGUGCCUUAUUAAAGUUACGCUCA